AUGGCCGACAGGGGAUAUCUGUAUAUCCUCAGUUACCUCCACCACCCAACGGCAGCCUUAACCUUGUCGACUGUACAAUCCGCGGUUGCGCACUACCUCGCUAACAUUCAUCAGUCUCCGACCUCCCUUACGGCAUCUGUCAUCAGCAGCCCUCUUUUCCGCCGUCUCUCACACGACAAACUGGACGUACUCUGUACGGCCUUCCGACAUGCAGUGCAACUCAAAGUGAAGCUGCUUCAUGAUGAGAAACGCGGUCUCUUUGCGCGAAGUGUACAUUAUAUGACAGGGGAAUGGGUUAAGGAUGUCCUAGAAGGCUUCCGAGGAGGCCAUUCAAGCCUUAAACUGGCCUGUUGUGGUGGAUUGUUACUCGGCCUCGAGGAUGUAGAGCAUGAACUGCAUGCUCGAGACGGGAGGAUGCGCCGUAGUGUCGAAGAAGAGGUCGUGUUAGCCCUGGCUGAAGUCAUCGACACCUAUUCGUAUGUGCGAUACCCCGCCGAUUGGGCAAAAGACUUCAAGUCGGAGUCUGAAGACGGUGAAGAACCUCUUUCCUUGUCUCUGUUGCUGUCAUCUAGAGGUGCUCAUGAGAAGCAGAUUCUCCAUGAUCUUCUGAUGUCAACUAUCGAGUCUGCGUUUCAAGGAGGGGAUUACUUGUUGUCUGCUACUGUGUCGCUAUCGAAGGGCAAAGAGGCAGCUGUCAUGUUCCGAGUAAGGGGUUGGCGUGCGAUGUCGCAGGCCAUAUCACGCUUAAGGUUUCUCGCGCGCUCCGUAGAGGCUGGCUGGAUCGUAGGGCCAUUCGCAUCGCUUACGAGCACAAAUCAGGACGACAUCGCACAUGAGGAACGAGAACUAUUGACGCAGCUAUGGGCGAUUUUGAAGACCCAGCUAUUUACCACACUGAUGCUAUCUCAGACGAUUCUAUCAACCGUUGUGUUUACCGCUCCUCCGCAUGACGCUACUUCGUCGACGAGCUAUUCUCCGUAUCUGUUGACGGAAGGUGUCCUCUGCACACUGUCACAUCUAGCGUUCGUCAUACAGCAAUUUGGCGGCGUCGCGACCACGACUCAGAACGGGUUCCCAGAGCUCAAGAGGGCCUUUUACAUGGCUCUUGAUGUCUUAUCUGCUAGUACAGUUGAAAGUGCACGGUUUGUUUCUGAGUUGUGCCAGGAAAUAAACAAGCACGAUAUUCAGUUGGAGGCAUUCUUGCACGCGAAGAAGGCAUAUGUCCUGGCGUGUAUCGAGCAGCUUAUCCCUGUUCUGAGCGAUGCGCAAGUCCGAUCAGAUGUGUUCCCCCUGUGUCAGCCACUAUUCUCAAACCAUGUUCAUCGCGAGACCUAUGAAUCCGCGCACUCAGUCAUGCUCGCUAUAUUCGCCUCGUAUGCCCAGAAGACCGGGGAAAUCAGCCCUGAACCGCGGCGGAUGCCAGGCAAGGAUACUCUGACUGCGUUCGCGGAGGAGUCUGUCCCUUUCUACACGCAGUGUUUGAUAGAGAAUUCGGGAGAGGGGAGACUAAGCACGACGCAGCUUUGCCUAGCUUAUGCUGCGUUAGUCCGCAGUGCCAGUGCAUUCGGCAGGGUGAAGGCUACCCAUCCCGAGUCCCAUACGGACGGCGACGUCUUCGCGUGGUACUGUAUCCAGGCACUUCUCGACGCCAUUCGUGAGAUUGGACACCCGACACCCAUCGUCGACGAACAGGAUGAACACCUACAGCGUUUAGGAUUGACGCUGAUCGCCACUGUACCGUCCGUCUCGCUCACGUUACUGCCGCGGAUGCUUGAGGAAUGCGAGCGUAUUAUAACGAGCUCUCGGUCUUGGGCUAAGACCGCCUCAAAUUUCGACCAGAGUCCUCGAAUACACCUCGCGAAGGCACUGUUCAGGGAGAUAUCUGAAAACGUUGGUGAUGCAGAGAAGGAAUACUGUAUACAGUGGUGGCAUGAUCAUCGGGAUACAUUGACCGCAUCUGUCUUGAGUGAAGAAAUGGAGACACAUAUACCGGUAACGUCGAGGUUAUAG